AUGCUUUCGCAUGGUCGCCCGUGUCUGCGAAGGCGUCUGCCUGCCGUCCUAGAUACCGUCGCGACCGGCACCGACCCUUUGCUAUUUCUCUACCCGCGCUGGGUGACGCCUGCUUUACGGCAACGACGAUUCUUUUUGGGAAUUCCGGCCCCGACCAGCAGAUGCCAGGCUUCUUCCACGCCAUGCCGCCCAUCGACACACCGGUGUCCUUCGUUUGCGCGGCACUCCUGCAGAUGGAUCUCUAACACCCUGGACCGGGCCUCAAAUCCAAGCUCGGCAUCGCCACAGACGAAAAAGAACGAGUACCUCGAUGAAGAAGGAUUCGACGAAAUAUUUGGUCACAUUGACUCGACUGCGAGUGAUGCCAAUGAAGUCGCUGUGAGCCAUGCCGAUACGAACAGCCCCCCUUGGCAUCCUUCUCAGAUACCAUUUGGAGCAUUUCUUCAGAAGAGGGCGAGGAGAGUGCAUGCCAGUGUAUCUUCCACCAUGGAACAGAGCAUGAAAAGGAAGCAGAAGGCCCAAGAAGAGGCUGCAGCCGGAAUAUCGCACGAGGACCAAAAGAGGAAGCAGACACGGUACCACAUGAAGCAAUUUUAUAACAGGGUGGGAAAGCAUUAUAUCGAUAGGGCCUGGCUUGAUUCGAGAGAUGUGUUGGAGGAUCUCCAAAAGCAGGCCCAACUCCACAUGAAGGUGGCGCCGAAGGGGAGGGAGAUAUACGUUUCCGAGGAGGUUCUUGCGGCGCUUUGUGGCGUGAACAAGCACUCAUUCGGAGACAACGUUUGGCACCUUCUCGUCAACAAUGGAUGUCGUGUGCAUGUCCUUCCCGAGAGCCAAAACAAGGGCCCCCUUCGCCGAGUUGCGCUGCAUGGCACCGAGCGUGCUCAGGAUAUUGCCGAAGCGCAAUUCAACGAUGCCUUGGAAUCGCAGGAGCGUGGCAAACCAUCUUCCGAUUUCCGGAAAACGAUGCCUCCUAUCUGCGCCUCUUCGCUGGGUUUUGACGAAACGGGUUUCCUGCCGCCAUUGGUCCGAGGGACCUGGCAUUUGGAGGACCCAGUGCAUCCCCCGACGUUCGAAAAAGUCAUUGCGAGGUCUGGCGUCAUUAAGUCAGUGAGAGAGUUCACGGAGCAUGUUGAGGACGUCGUCACUUCGAGGCUCAAGACCAUCCCUGAAAAGAUUCAGAGUGGCUCAAGAGGAGCCCAGGAACAAAAACAGAUCGCAGAGUAUCUGAUGGGCCUCUUCGAUACACACCAAAAGUACUUGUCUACCUCUGCUUUGCACCUUGCACUGGAAUGGCUUUGCAAGUCUGCAUUUCGUUCUACCGCGCGGGCCUUGUGCACGCGCUCACAGCAAGUUGCCACACUGGGCACAUAUCACAUCAUGUUGGAGGAUGCUGCAAAGCUGCAGGAUAUCAUCGGGUUCCGCAACGUCCUGCAACAAAUGGGUCGCGCAAAAAUCAGCCCAAGCCCAGACACCUGGCUCAUCCUGCUUGGGGCUCUAGUCAAACCCGAUGAAAAGGCUCUUUUGGUUGCCCACAUGGCUCAAAAUGGAUACCUGUCUGAUAUCAACAUCGUCCGGGGUGCACUCUUGCGGACCAUCCAGAAUUCGCUUCGCGUGCACUUGCACAGUGGAGAAGAUAUCAAAUCUUAUCUGGAUCUCAUGGUCAACACCUGGGGAGCCAAUUGGUUCACCUCUAGAUUGCUCCAUCAGAUGUUCGAGACUGCCAGUCGAGAGAAGAACUUUGUUGCUUGCGAAGAUCUGGCUGAAAUCUGCCUUGACCAACACUUGAUGGUUGAUCACUAUUCGCUCAGCGCACUUAUCCAGACCUUCCGGGCAGACAUUUAUAGAGCCGUCCACUACACCAUUCGAUUCCUCGACAUCGAUGGGUUCAGGAUGUCUUCAGCGACCUAUGAGUACCUGUUUCUGGGUGCAUUCAAGGCCCGCCACUACAACAUCUGCCGUGUCGUGUGGCAUUACGCCUGUCUCUCCAAUAACGUGACCUACAAGAUGAAACAGACUGUCCUUGUCGGGCUGUGUAACAAUGUUUCUUCCAGCAGGAACGAUAUCGGCAAACUGUGGAAAAUCGACGCUGGUAAAGUCAUCAGCGGCGUUCCCCUCAACCACGAGAAUCCCACCACGCCUCACUACGUCCGGACUGAGCUUCCUCCCGGUUUCAAAGGCAAUCCUGCUGCUCACCUCGCUCAGUGGAAGCCUAUGGGCGCCGCCAGAACUUCUCAAAUCCGUCUUGCCAACGCUCUUCUCCGGCAGGAUAUGACCAGCGGUAGUCAUUAUAAGCCCAAGUACCCUCUUCAACUCAUGCUGGACGCUGCAGCUCACAUGGACUCGGACUGGCAUGACGUUCCGCAUCGUUUGUCCUGGAAGAUGGAGAACGCUAUCCAAAUCCCUCUGUACCAAAAACCCCUUGAGCCUUCUGAAUACUCUGAAUCGUUGGACACAACACCGGAAUCCCUCGACAUUUUCACACGAUAA